AGCGUCAGUGUGUGGAUCCUGCACGGAGCAGUAGCCGGCGUCUUCAUCUCAGUAGCCAGUGACCCCCCACCCUCGUGGAUUUCUCCCCAACAGCAACACGAUGACCCUGGAGAAGGCUGACCCCGUGGAGGUGUUCGACGCCGGGUCCAAGGGCCGAGGCUUGCGCACCACCAAGGCGCUGGUGGCCGGGGACGUCGUCUUCACAGAGGCCAGCUACGCCGCCGUGGUCUUCGACAGUCUGGCUCUGCAGGUAUGCCACAACUGCUUCCGUCGGCAGGCCAGCCCCCACCGCUGUGCCCAGUGCAAGUUUGCCCACUACUGCGACCGCACAUGCCAGAAGGCAGCUUGGGACGAACACAAGAGGGAGUGCUCCGCCAUCAAGACAGCGGGAAAGGCCCCCAAAGAGAACAUCCGCCUUGUGGCUCGUGCCAUGUGGCGCAUGCAGAAGUACGGGGGCCGAGUGUCGGACAGCCAGUUGACCACACUGGACCUACUGCAGGAUCACGUGUCGGACAUGGUGGAUGAGGACGUGAAGGAGCUGCAAGACGAUGUCCAGAAAUUUCUGGAGUACUGGCCCAAGGCCAACCGGGCCGUCGGUACAGAGUACAUCUCACACCUCUUAGGAGUGAUCAAAGUGAAUGGCUUCACCCUGAGUGACCAGAGAGGGCUUCAGGCUGUCGGCGUCGGUCUCUUCCCCAACCUGUGUCUGGUCAACCAUGACUGCUGGCCAAACUGCACUGUUAUCCUCAACCAUGGCAAUCAGUCAGCUCUGGACUCUGCAUUACACUCCCAGAGAAGAAUCGAGCUGCGUGUGCUCAGCCCUAUCAAAGAGGGCGAGGAGCUGAGCGUGUCCUAUGUGGACUUCCUGAACCUGGCCCAGGACCGGCAGAAGCUGUUGAGGAAGCAGUACUACUUCGACUGCAAGUGCGAGCACUGCAGCAAGGGUAUCAAGGACGACCUCAUGAAGGCCACCACGGAUGGAGAGAAGAAGCCCACAGCAGAACAGGUCAAGGAGGUGACCGACUUCACCAUGAAGGCUCUGGGAAAGAUCGAGGACGCGCGCGUUACUGGGGACUUUGAAGAGGUGGUGAAGUUGUGCCGCGAGUGCCUACAGAAGCAGGAAGGUGUGCUGGCCGACACACACCUGCAGCACCUGAGGAUACUAAGCACCGCCAGCGAGGUGUUCUCUUUCAUGCAGGACUUCAAGGAGGCCGCGAGCUGCGCCAGCCGCAUGGUGCACGGAUACGAGAAGCUGUACCAUCCAAACAACGCCCAGCUGGGCAUGGCCAUCAUGCGGGCAGGGGUCACCAACUGGCACGCGGGGCUCAUCGAGGUGGGCCACGCCAUGAUCUGCCAGGCCUUCGCCAUCCUCAUGGUCACCCACGGGUCACAACACCCCAUCACAAAAGACCUGGAGACGAUGCGCUCCCAGACGGAGCUGGAGCUGAAGAUGUUCAGGCAGAACGAGAAGGUGUACCAGAGCGUGAGGAAGGCUGCGCUGGAUGGCCAGCCAUUGACCGAGCCAGUCAAGGAGCAGGUCAAGGAGCUCGUGCAGGGCGCCAAAUAAAUAGGCACUCGUAGUCACACACACACACGUAGUCACACACACACACACGCAAACACUCACACACACACACACACACACACACACACACACACAUAAACACACACA